UUAUUCAAAAUUAAGCUUAUUUUGAAAUGACUGUGACUAGCAGUUGAAGCAACAGAACGAACCAGUGGUGUCAAUAAAAAUGGAUGGUUUUAAAAUAGACCAUCACUCAUUAGAAGAAGCAGAACACUCUGCUCCAGCAAGUCAGCACCAUGAAGAGAAGAAAGAAGCUCAAGUGAUUUCUCCACGUCGUUUAAGAGAUCGUGAGCUUUUGAAGAGAAAAAAAGAAGAGUCCAGGGAGAAAGAUACUUACUUGUGGGUUUUUGGUGAACAGACCCAGACCAGAAGUAAGCGCCCUCGGCAAACUAGGGGCACUGGCAGCAGGAGAAGAAAGCAAGUUAUUGAACCUGAGCCACAGCUAGAGCCACAGCCUGAACCUGAACCAAAUAAUGAACCAGAUCACAAACACGAGCAGGCAGCUGAACCACAGCAUGAACCUGAACCAAAUCAUGAAGAUGAGCAAGCUGCUGAAGCACAACAUGAACCUGAACCAAAGAAUAAACCAGAUCACGAGCAGGCCACUUAUUGGCAGCAUGAAUUUAUUUCUGAAAAUAAGUUAGCAUUAGGGUAUGAUGCCCAGCAAGUUCUCAGCCAGCAAGAACCUCUAGAGCAUCUAGAACAUCAUGAAGAUCCAGUUGUAUCAGCAACCGAAGGAGAAACUGCAGAAGAGACAUAUGCUGUACACGAAGAAGCUGAUGGACACUUUCAGCGAGAAAUCACCUCUUUAAUUACAGAUAAAGAAGAGGUGGCCGAGGUGGAGCCUGAGCCGCUUAUUGCUCCAUCUGAAGUUCUCAAAUUUCCUGAGCAAGAGGAGCAUCAAUACUACACUCCACUACUUUAAGUUUCUAAUAAUUAUCCAGGUCAUAGUAGGGUUCAUUGAAAACCUUUUUUGUGUUUAUAAAAAAAGAUAAUAUACAGCAUUUUCUAGGAAAUGUUAGGUUUUGAAGUCUGUAAGUUGUAGAAUGACUAUUGUGUGUUUAGAAAUACAUUUCUAUAUAAGAAUGACAGUUAUGACCAUACACCUCCUUGUUAAUAUGUGAGAUAUUCAAUAAAUAGUUUCUACUGAUUUACAUUUCA